GGUUUGGACUCUCCAAAUCCACCUUCCAGCCCUUUUUCAACUCCACGUCGGGACACAACAAGGCUGCAAUCGCAGGUGACCGGUGACUGCGCAGUGGGCUUGGGUACUCGGAUCAAUCAACAGAUUUUUUUUGUGUAAUUUUGAGGACAUUAAGACGAUUUCGCCAUGGCCGACUACCUUUUGUUCGAGGGCCCUAUGGGCUACUCAAUCUUCAAAGUCGCUCACCAGGGAGACAGCGUUGGAAAUCGCUUGAAGGAGGUUCAAGAUGGUGUGAAUGAUCUUGCGAGGUUCGGCAAGAUGGUUGAACUCGCCAGUUUCCUGCCAUUCGAAAACAACAAGCAGGCUCUCAGCGAAAUCAACGAUGUUUCGGAAGGUGUCGCUUCUGACACUCUUAUCAACUUUCUCGAAUUGAACCUUCCAAAGGCCAGCAAAAAGAAGAAGAUCGUUCUCGGACUUGCUGACAAGGCACUGGCUUCAAGUAUCAAAUCAGCCUUCCCUUUCGUCGAUUGCGAGACUGGAGACACCAGUGAAGUUGUCCAAGAUAUGCUUCGUGGUAUCAGGCUGCAUGCCACUAAGUUGCUAAAGCAGCUCCGUGAGGGUGAUAUGGAUACUGCCCAGCUUGGUCUCGGUCACGCCUACUCCCGCGCUAAGGUCAAGUUCUCCGUCCAGCGUGACGACAACCACAUUAUUCAGGCUAUUGCAAUUUUGGACCAACUCGACAAGGCCAUCAACACUUUCUCUAUGAGAGUGAGAGAGUGGUACUCGUGGCACUUCCCUGAACUUGUCAAGAUCGUUUCGGAUAACCAGCGCUACGCUCAGAUUGCACUCUUUGUCAAGGAUAAAAAGACUCUGACUGAUGAGAGCUUGCACGAUCUUGCUGCUCUUGUGGAGGAUGAUGAAGGUGUUGCUCAGAGCAUUAUUGAUGCUGCCAAGCACAGCAUGGGCCAGGAAAUCUCCGAGUCCGACAUGGAGAACGUCAUUGCGUUCGCACAAAGAGUUGUCAGCCUUUCCAAGUACCGCAAGUCGCUGCACGCUUACUUGGUUUCCAAGAUGAGCGUCGUCGCUCCUAACCUUGCUGCGUUGAUCGGAGAGAUCGUUGGCGCUCGUCUGAUUUCGCAUGCCGGAAGCUUGACCAACUUGUCCAAGUAUCCCGCUUCUACCGUGCAGAUUCUUGGCGCAGAGAAGGCUCUUUUCAGAGCUCUGAAGACCAAGGGAAACACUCCCAAGUACGGACUGCUGUACCACUCUUCCUUCAUUGGCCGGGCUGGCCCCAAGAACAAGGGCAGAAUCUCGCGAUUCCUUGCAAACAAGUGCUCUAUUGCUUCCAGAAUCGAUAACUUCUCCGAGGAACCCUCGACCAAGUUCGGUGAAGUCCUGAAGAAGCAGGUUGAAGAACGCCUGGAGUUUUAUGCUUCUGGCGCACCCCCUACUAAGAACGAAGUUGCCAUGAAAUCUGCCAUGGAUGCCGUUCUGGCCGAGAUGGACAUCGACGCUGACGACAGCGACAAGGAGAUGCAGGACGUCGGUGACAAGGCUGAGAAGAAGGAGAAGAAGGAAAAGAAAGAAAAGAAGGAGAAGAAAGAGAAGAAGGAUAAGAGCGAGAAGGAAGAAAAGAAGAAGAAGCGGAAGUCCGACGUUGGCGAAGGCGAAUCUGAGAAGAAGAAGCGCAAGCACGACAGCGAUGCCGAGCCGUCCAAGAAGAAGAAGAAGGUCUAAGGGCACCACUCUAUGUUGGGACUAAAAGGGCGUAUUCGUCGCGGCGUUUGUAGGGUUGAUUUCUCUUUGUGAUUUACCUUGUUUUGAAUUUCCUUACAUCUUGUUGUUUUGAACGACUCUAUUGGGCUGGGUAUUUGUAAAUUAUAUGAUUGAAGCCUUUGUCGUGCUGAGUCUCAAUAGUCCACAGAACCUCAUUUGGUUCUAGCUAUUUCCUUUCAAAAGCUGAAUGUCCCUGGGAAAGACACAGGUCUAGGUAUCUAAUGUCUGGCCCGAGAAAACAUUGAUUAUCAUCAUU